AUGUCUAGUUUAUUAUACAAUUCAUAUAUUCCAAAUAGUUCUAUAGCUUAUUCUUAAUAUUUAAAAGAUUAAAAUUACCGAAAUGCCCUUCUUUAAUCUGAAGCUGCUAGAUUAUAAAAUGAUUUAGAUUACCAAAGAUUGAAAUAAUUAAAUUAUUCUUAAAGAUUUCCUUACGUUUAUAAUUCUCCUUAUGCUCGUGAACUUCUCAUUUAAAAUGAAAUCUAAGCAUUAAAAAAUUCUGAAUUAAUCAGAUCUUAACUAACAUUAUCUGAAUAAUAAAGAAAAGAUCAAUUAAUUGCCGAAGAAAUCCGUUUAAGAGACGAACUUAUUGCAAUUUAAGAGGCCGAUUAUGCCAGAAAGGCAGAAUUAGAAGCUUAAUUGUAAAAAUAAUAAGAAAUAAAUGCUAAAUUAGAAGAAGAACUUAGACAAAAAUACGAAGCUGAAUUAAAAGAAGAAUAAGAUAGAUUUGAAGCUAAAUUAAAGUUAUAAGAAGAAUUAAGAUAGCAAUAUGAAAAUGAUAGAAAAUUGGAAGAAGAGAAACUUUAAGCUGAACUUAAUUUAAUAAAAGCUUAAAAUGAAUUUAAUUAGUAAAAAAGAGAAUAAUUAUAAAAAGAAUUGGAAACAUUUAGAAAAUAAGAAAUUUUAAAAUAAGAAAUUUAAAAUUUAAAUGAAUUAGACAAUAUAAGAAGAUCUCAAAAAAUAGCUAAUGAUUUAUUAUUAUAGUCAGAACUUAGAAGAUCGUAAAAAAUCACAGAUGAAAUUAGAUUGUAAGCUGAAAUUAAUGCUUUAAUAAAUAGUCGUUUAUAGAGUAAAUAAAAUUGA